AUGAAGGAGGAAGGACUCGUAAAAGCAGAAAAUCCACCAGAAAUGUUCAAUGCGCUCGACGUGAACCAUGAUGGAAGUCUGGAUUUCAAGGAGGUGAUGGCUCUGUACUACGUUAUUAAGAGUGGAAGACCUUUCUGUGGAGGAUGUGGUAAGUUCAUACCAGGGAUGUUCUUCAGUUUUCGAUAUGUUUUGACAAUGAAGAUGACAAGUUCUGCGUUUGCCCCAAGUGUUUUAGCAAUGAAAAUAAAAGUUACACCCACAAACAUAUGCCCUGGCCAUUUCUUGGAUAACUUUGCUUUGCUUGAAGCUAAGAGAAAGAUGACUAUGGAUACCAGAAAGCCACCUCCUUCCCCGGAAGAGCCUAAGUACAAUGCCAUGCAAUAG